AUGUUACCAUCUAACCUAUCCCAACUCAUUGCCCUCACUCUCUCAAUCCUCCCAACCCUUACACUCGCUACCAAUUCCAAUUCUACUCAAACAUGCAAAAUCACACCUGCAGACGCCUCAUGGCCUUCUUCCGCCGAUUGGACAGCAUUUAACACAUCCAUUUCCGGAACCCUCAUCAAAACUCUCCCGCCAGCUUCAUCUUGCUACGCUGGAAACCCAUUUAACUCAACUCAAAAUUGUUCUUCCGUCCAAACCAACUGGGUUCUCGCUUCUUGGCAAGCUCUUACACCAGAAGGGGUCGAUUAUCCCAUCUAUGCCAAUAAUUCCUGUCUCCCUAGCGAUGCACCCGGUUAUCAAGCUGGCAAAGGCUGUGAGAUAGGCGGUUCUCCGAUUUAUGUUGUAAAUGCCACUACUGAGGAUCAAAUCGCUACAGCAAUGAAAUGGGCUACGGAUAGAAAUAUUCGGAUCGUGAUCAAAGGAACUGGUCACGAUCUAAAUGGAAGAUCAAGCGGCGCCAACUCCCUCUCGAUCUGGACCCACAACUUCCUUAAACGAGAAUUUAAUUCUUCUUGGCCCGCCCCCGGCUCUAACUCUACAGCCGAUGUCCUCAUCGCCGGGAGUGGAAACAAUUUAAAGCUUCUUUACACCGCCGCCCACGAGGCUGGAAAAUCAAUCGUAGGAGGUGAUGCCGAGACUGUCGGCAUUGGCGGGUAUCUCCAAGGAGGUGGCCACGGUCCCCUCUCAAGCCAAUACGGACUCGGCGCCGAUCAAAUCUACCAAGCUACUGUUGUUACACCCUCGGGCGAGAUAUUGACUGCGAACGCAGAGCAAAAUCCCGAUCUUCUGUGGGCCAUUCGAGGAGGGGGUCCGGGUACAUAUGGCGUCGUGACUGAAUACGUCUUACAAGCAUAUCCUGCAGUCUCUUCUGUUUCAGUUGUAAAACUCGAGGUAAUUCCUCUCGGUUCCGAAAACGAUACUACCACUGCAACAGCAGCUUGGAAUUCUCUCGCAAUUCUAUUCCAAAACUUCCCAGACAUAAUGGACGCUGGUCUCUCAGGCGAAUUGACUGCCGCUACUGGCUCCAUAGCGCAAGCCUUUUCCGGUUCAACAUCCAUACCCCCUGGCGUGUACUUCAAGCAAGUAUUCUACGGAUUCAACCUCAGUAACAGUGAAAUGGCCACUACCAUCUCCCCGUUGAUUGAGAAAAUGAAAUACAUAUCUAAUGGAUCAAUUUCUAUUAAUUACACAGUCACAGCUGUUUACCCUAGUUAUCUUGACUUUUUCUAUGGUAAUAACCCUGGCAGAGAAGCAGCUGGACAGGUUUCCUUACUAUCUACUCAUCUACUGGGGCGUGCGCAACUUUCUGAUCUCCCAAUGGAAACAAUAGCUGCAUAUUUGCAACGCGCGCUAGCAUCUCAGAGUGGGGAUGGAACUGAAAUGAUAGUUGGCUUACAAGGAGGGCUUGGUCCAACUCGUGUUCCGGAAAAUAUGCGUGGCUCAUUGAACCCGGUUUGGAGAGAUACAUAUUUGCAUGUUAUUACACUUGGUGCAACAGUUGAUGUUACUUUGACACCUAAGAAAUCACUUGCCCAAGCUGCGGAAUGGAUGCAGCAGAAUAAAGAAGCGUUAUGGAGAGAAUGGGCGCCGGAUAUGGGUGCUUAUAUUAAUGAGGGGAAUCCUUAUAACACUGAGUGGAAACAUGAUUUCUUCGGCACAAGCUACGAUCGACUGGCUGGAAUUAAGACGAAAUAUGAUCCUACUGGGAGUUUGUAUAUAUUGGCGGGUGUAAGAAGUGAUGAGUGGGACUAUGAUCUUGAUACAGGAAAAUUGUGUCGCGUUUGA